AUGUCUUCUGCUCGGGCUGUGUCCGGUGACGCCGCGAGUGUCAAUAAGCGGGGACAGGCCUUGUCGUCGACACACGACGCCUUUUCGCUGCCAGUGUCGUCGCCAGGUUAUCACGGUGACGCGCUCAACGGCGACGCCUUCGACGACUCGGACUCUGUGGCGAGUCCAUCCUAUACAUACCCUCCACCGGCGUCGCCUGUUGCAUACGAUCUGGUGACGACGCCCAGUACGAGUGGUCGUCAAUCUUCUCUGCUCCCCUUGCAUCACACACCCAACUCCCCUCUCAAUGCGUCCACCUAUCCUCCGCUUGCGCAAACAUGGGACCGCCUGCGGAACUGGCUCGCGCGCGAAUAUCCAGAAUUGGGCGAUACGUUAAAUUGGGGCAUCCUCCCUGAAGACCUGGCGCAGAUCGAAAUGCAGUUCGGAUUUGAUCUUCCCAGCGCCGUGCGGGAGUCGUACCUCACGGUCGACGGGCAAGAGCCGGAAUCAUCGGCCGGAUGCUCUGAAGGCCUAUUCUUUGGGCUCACGCUCCUGCCACUCGAAGACGUGUUGGAAGAAUGGCGCUUCUGGCGGGAGGUAGACGACGACCCACAUUCCGGUGCCAAUGCUCGUCUAAGGGAAUCCAUGCAAUCGAUUCCUCCCGGAUGGAUCAGGAACGAGUACUCGUCAAGAGGAUGGAUACCGCUUGCGACGGAUAAGGCCGGCAACUACCUCGGAGUAGACGUUGCCCCGGGUGAGGGUGGCUCCCCGGGACAGGUUAUUAUAUUCGGACGCGACUACGACACAAAGGUGGUACUCUGGAGAGGCGACGGUCCCGGCGGGUGGGCAAAGUGGUUGGCGUCUUUCGUUGAGGAGUUGGAAAGCGGCGAAGGCUACGAGCUUGGGAUUGGGAGCGAUGGGAGUGACGGUAGCGAAGACGACGUGGGCUACGAGAGCUACUUCUUCGAUGGUAAGGGCCCCGGGGGUGGCGGAUCGGAUGCGAACGCUGGCGGCCUUCGUCUUGUCGGUGAGUAUCGCGGGUGGAGCGUCUUGGAUGCAUGGGCGGAUAGGAGCAUUAGGCGAUGGCAGGAAAGUGGUGUGCUCCAGGAUGAGACAUUGUCAUCCCAAACCCGGAAUAAGGUCCGGAACAGCAGGCUAGGACUGGGUGUCAUCAACAUCAACACCGGCAUCUCCGGUGCUGAGGUCCCAAUCCCCGUCCUUGCAGAAAUUCCAGAGGAGGGCGCUGUUAACGAGAAGACACCUACGACCUCCGGCAAAGUGCCCAGUAUUGCUGUGACAAAGCCUCCUGCGCCUAGACCCCUUGAGCUGCCCACGGAGCACGACAUCGGCCCGUACUCCCCAGAGGCGGACUAUGGCUCGGACUACCGUGACGGCGAUCUCGAGGCCGGCCAGGGAGUGUCCUUGGAAGACUUGAAUGGCUCGAACAGGACAUCGCUGUCCCAGAGCAGCGUCACAACACCGAAAGCCACGACCUAUGUGGACGCUGACGCUUCCCUCGUCCCUCUCCCUGGCUCCCCUCCUGCUACCAGGAAGAUUUCUUCCCAUGUUCCGAUUCCUCCGGUUGAGGACCUUCUCGCGGACUCAGCUCCGGCGUUGUCUGCCACCCCGAUUGAGCCCUCUCCGUCACCAUCCACCAGCAAAUCAUCAGAUAUUGCCAGCGUGCAGUUGCCACCCGCAGAGGAUAUCGAACCGAUCCCGGAUUUCUCUGCGGGUAUCCGCCUGGUCGGUGGCGGCGGUAGCUCGGGCAAGGUUGGUGAGGAAGCUCCCGAGCAGCAGGAGAGUGAUGCACCGGAUGCACCGGGGGACACUGAGGCCUCUCUGGCAGUGUCUACGAGCCCAUCACCAGCUGAGGGCACCACUCCAAAAGCUGAGAAGCGCAAGAGCGUCACUCAAGGACUAAAGAAAUUAGGUAACCUCGGUCGGCGAACGAACUCCACAAGUAGCGUAAAGAGUGCGAAGGACACGGCUUGAUUUGCUUCGAACUCGUAGUAGCCGGUCAUACUCUCAUACUUAAUCCCCAACAGUUUUUUUGGCCUCUCGUCACUUUGCGCUCCUUCGAACAUCACUUCUGGUUGUAACUGUGCACGUUCAUAGAUACCCUAGUACAUAUUCAAGAUGAUUAUGCGAUCGUUU